AUGGCCGAGCCCGGCAUCGGAUUGGUUGAAGAACCCCCCAAACGAGAGCCCACGCCCGUCGCGUCGCUCGCCUUCAUCCCGCAGAAACGCGCCUUUGAAGACGACCACAGCCCCGCUGUGCCUUCGCCCCUCAACCCAGACGCCAACGCGUCGGAGCUCCCCCCACACGACGACGUGUCGCUGCCCAAGGCCUCCAAAUCCGGGCGCAUAAAGAAGGACAGUCUGAAAAAGAGAGAGGCUAAAGCCGGCGGCCGGGAUAGCUCCCCUGCCACGGCGGAUUACCGAGCGCCCAGAGAGGUCGACAAGGUCGACUCGCCCCUGCGGUACAAACUCGCGCCGCCCAAGCCCUCGGACUUUGAGCUUCCUCGAGGCCCAGUCCUGACCUUUCAUCACGAGAUUACGUCCUGCCGAGGACAGGCGGUGGAAUUCUUCGAGGCGUCUGACCACGUUUUCAACAAGAAAAACUUCAGGUACACGCACUGCAUCGCCGACCCUCUCUUCCCUUCCACCCUGUACUACCGCCAAACUGAACCCGAGCCGUUUGGGCCCCGUAUGAGCUACGAGGACGCCGCCACCAGCGUCUUCUUCGACAAGUCUGGUCGCGGCGUCACGACCGACAAGGGAUUCCGAAUGGCACGCGCCAACGUCGCCGUGCGGGAAGGACGGUGGUAUUGGGAGUGCAAGAUCACCCAGGGUGUGCGCGAAAGCAGGGAACCCGGUGCCAAGCCCCAGGGGGGCAGGCAUGUGCGCAUGGGGUGGGCACGGCGAGAGGCCUCGCUGGAUGCACCCGUCGGGUUUGACGCCUACAGCUACGGCAUCCGCGACGUGGCCGGCGAAAAAGUCUUCAUGUCCCGACCAAAGGACUUCUUCCCCGCGGGGGACGGCAUCCGCGAAGGCGACGUCGUCGGGCUGGAGAUCCAGCUGCCGUCCGAGGACCUGCAGCGCAAGAUCAUGUCCGGCACGUAUAACCCGGCCAUUGACGCCUGCGACCAGGAAGCUGCCGUUCCCGCCGCUCCAGAAGCCGCCAACAUUGUGCGAGACAGGGUGCCCAUCCGGUUCAAGGCGCACACCUACUUUGAAAAGAUCGAAUACCACACCACCAAGGAGCUAGAAGAUCUGAUGAACCCGUCGCCGACGAGCUCGGGCGCGUUGACGUCGUCGUCGUCGUCGUCGUCGUCGUCGUCCGAGAAGCCGAACCCUCUUCAUUCCCUGGCGGCACUCAGAACCCUGCCCAACUCGUGCAUCAAGAUAUACAAAAACGGCCAACUCGUAGGCACGGCGUUUGAAAACCUGCUGGGCUUCCUACCACCCGCUUCCAAACCCCAACAGCAGGUCGGUGCCAGGGAAGGUCUCGAUGACGGCAUGCUAGGAUACUAUCCGGCAGUAAGCGUAUUCCGCGGUGGCGCAGCCCAAGUCAACUUUGGUCCCGAUUUCUGGUUCCCGCCUCCCGAGUACGAGCCUGAGUCAAGCUUGGGUGGCGAGGCCGACACGGCUGGGUCGAGAAGGACGAGACUCCGCGGGCUUUACGGGCGAUAUAGGGAGCAGAUCGCCGAGGACAUUGUAUAUGACAUCAUUGACGAGGUGGAUUUCUGGAUGCAGGAUGGAGGUGGUGCCACCGACAAGACUGGCGUGCAACAGAAGAGCGAUGCUGUGGCCACGGCGCCUGGCAGGGAGGAAAUAAAAGAGCUGAUCCAAGAUUACUAA